GUAACAGGGAGAAAACAACCGUUAGAAAGUUUCUCGUACUUGUGCCAGGCAGACAUCGUCAAUCAGAGCUCAAGAAUCUUAGUUGAAAUUUCGUAAAGUUUUAACUUUUUCCACUUAAGAAUUGUUUUCUUCUUACUUCAACACGAAGAAUCAAGUUCAUUUCCCGCCAUUUUGAAGACUGCUUCCAAUUUGUCUUCCACAUAGCUCUGGGAUUUGUUCCUACUGAAUAUUUGUUUCUUCUAACAUCAAAAAGUUUUAGGAGAAUCAAGUUCUUUUCCUACGGUAUUUGAAGACUGAUUCCAAUUGAUCUUCCAUCCAGCAGGGAUUUGUUUUAUCUUUCCAUCAAAUAUUAAAGAAGAACACGCUUCAUUACAGAGGGUCUGCUCAACCCAAAGCACAUGGAAUCAUGGCGACUAAAACCAAAGCCGAGGAAGAUAUAUGUGAAGAACAUAGUAAUUUCCCUAAGAAAAGGAAGACUUUUACUCUUCUGCUUAAAGAUGAAAACAAGAAUGUGGCAAACUUGAAGUACUUGGUCGAGGAAGGAUUUGACGUCAAAACAACCAUCAUCUUUUUGUUGAGUGAACUGAAGAGAUAUGUAAAAUUUCCGGUCGAAUUUUCAGCCGCCAUUCUAGACCACGUUGUGGAAGUCAUCCUUAGAAAGUUCCCGCGUGUACACGUUAUGGAAAAAAAGAAAAAAACCCCAAAAUGUUUGAUCCUACCACCUAACAUCGAUCGAGAACAGCUAAUUGACGUACUAGAGCUCUUCGGUGCUGCCUUUGUUUUUCAAGCUAAAACCGACUUUCGAAAAUUUGGAUGGAUUUGUUGGCAUGAAGCCACCAUGUUGCGAGACAAGUAUCGAAUUAAGAAAAUCAGCUUGCCUCAAUCUGAAUUGGAAACGCUUCUUUUCGGAAAUGUAAGUGAAUUUCGAAAUAUGGAAGAACUUUUUGUUUUGUUCCCACAAAGGGGAGAAAGAUGGAAAAUCCACGCGUUAUGUACUUGUCAUCGUAUUUCCAACAAGUAUAACUGCCACCCGGACAGUUUUUUCGUCAACAAUUUGUUCAAAUUCGCUCUUCAAGGAUGGGCGGACCGCAACGUACCUCGUCACCGCGCUUUCACCAUAUCCCUCCAGCUUUUUGAGCUCUUUGGGAAGGCAGACUUUUUGGAUCAACUGGUCAAAAAUGAAACGAACAUGGAAGAUGUCGUACAUUCAUCGUUCACCGAAUUCUUCAACACCCUGAGGCUGUGGGGCUGGGACCCACAACGGAUUGAAACCGAACUGGCUACAGUAUUGACAAUCGACCACUUAAUGACUGCCCUGGUUUUCUCUUUCGUAUACCAGGUGAAAGUUCACAAAGACGCUCGAAAUGAUCAAAUCAAAAUCAAAGAUUAUACGAUCAAAUCAAAAGCCGACAAGCUUGAAGAAAUUUCACAGCUGAUUCUUAUUCUUAUUAAAUUGCUGGUAUCGAUGCCCAAAUCGGAAGCUGAGAGGGAAAAAUUGAAGAACCAUCUUGAAAGCUACACUAUCAAUUUUGAAAAUAACACCUUGAAAAAAAAACAAUCAACACUCUUGCUGAGGGCAUCCGAGGACUACAGAGGAUUUGAAGAAGACUUUGACUUCAUUAUGCUCUUACUGGAGACCGGUGGAGACCCCAACGCCGUAGAUCAACAUGGGCGCAGCCCCCUCCACGUACUCGCAAGUAGAGAAGUAUUCUUCCAUCCUUUUUGGAGUUCUGAUUAUGAGAAGCAUGCUGCAAGAUUCACCAUUAUCGUCCAAACAUUUUUUGAUGGAGAAUUUCACAAGGAUCAAACCGAUCUUCGCGGAAACGCUGCUUUGGAUUGCAUAAAGUACUUCCCUCAGCAAUACCCCAAUGACAAGUUACGCAAGCUGAUGGACAGUUACUUGCAGGGCGUUCUUCCGUUAUCUUGCAUCGCAGCUAAAAUCGUCCGAAAGCAUAACCUCCCGUGUGAAGAUUUACCUGUGACGCUUCAGUCUAUGGUUCUCCAACACAGUUCGUUUCAAUACUGCUAGACCAUCGUUUUAAAUUCGAAGACAUGAACACUUCUGUGAAUGUCUACCUGUGACGCUUCAUUGAAAGAACAAACAACACUAGUGCCGUUUAAAAGUUUCGAUGCUCCUCGAGUGUUGCAUAAAGUGUGUAUUUCUGACAUUGGAUUGUUUUCCUCGGUGUUUACAUCGUUUUAAAUUCGAAGACAUCAACACUACUGUGAAUGUCUACCUGUGACGCUUCAUUGAAAGAACAAACAACACUAGUGCCGUUUAAAAGUUUCGAUGCUACUCGAGUGUUGCAUAAAGUGUGUAUUUCUGUGACUUGUGUUCGAAUCGGCAUCACGGAGGCCAUGUCGCAAACGAUGACGGAAUUUGUGUGUAAUGGUUGUAAAACGGGAAAAACGGCGGCGCCUCGUGAACUGUUCUGCCUUUGCCGACAGCCGUACGAUGACUCGCAGUUCUACAUCGACUGCGAUCGCUGUGGGGACUGGUUGCACGGUCGGUCGCUGCGUCGGAGUUCUGCAAACGGAAUCCGAGUCGAUCGACGAGUACACGUGCCCCAACUGUGAGCCGCAGGGAGCCUUCAACUACGCCAACACGAAGACCCUAAGCAUUCGUGAUUACGAGGAACUACGCAAGCUUCUACGGCAGUUGCAGACCCACAAGAGCUCCUGGCCGUUCCGUGAGCCAGUCGAUGUCAAGGAUGUCCCCGACUAUUAUCAUGUCAUCAAGGAUCCCAUGGACUUGCAGAUGGUUGAGACCAAGAUUAUAGAGAGACGCUACCAACGACUGGUAGAGUUUAUCGGCGACAUUACCAAGAUCUUUGAAAACUGUCGCUAUUACAAUCCCAAAGGGUCCAACUUCUACCGUUGCGCCACAUCCCUCGAAUCGUUUUUUGUGCCCCGACUUAAAUUGUUGCGCUCGUCCAUGUCCAACUGAAGUUGCGUCAUCGUCACCCAUAUCUCUUUUCAAAUCGCCUCGUGUGUGUUUGUGUGUUACGUGUGAAACUAUCUCGGAACUCUUUUUUUUUUGGCUUGCUUGUUCCGCUUUUCUUACCUUGCAUCCGAAAUUUCUUCUGUGUCUUCAAAAUGUAAAGACUCUUGCAACGUACAUUUCUCCUCACUAGACUGACAUGAAAAACAAAUUGUUGAAAGCGGUAUUUAUAUAAAUGUGUAACGUUAUCUAUAUAUUACGUUAUGUAUUAUAUUUAUAAAUUGCUGUUACAUCUGCCGCAAUACACAAAAUCUUUUUGUAUU